AUAGGGGGAAGUCAUCAUCAACCUACUGAACGACAUAGCUUGUUUUGGCUGUUCGGAUUGACCGAAGCAAGUCCUUCUGAAAGCAGUCCAGUUGUUGCAGUGCCAUGGCACGUACCAAGCAGACCGCCCGUAAGUCCACCGGAGGCAAGGCUCCCCGUAAGCAGCUGGCCACCAAAGCUGCCAGGAAGAGCGCCCCCUCUACCGGUGGAGUCAAGAAGCCCCACAGAUACCGACCAGGAACUGUGGCUCUGAGAGAGAUCCGUCGGUACCAAAAGUCAACAGAGUUGCUCAUCCGCAAGCUGCCCUUCCAGCGUCUUGUUCGUGAGAUUGCUCAGGACUUCAAGACCGAUCUGCGUUUCCAGAGCGCAGCCAUUGGAGCCCUGCAGGAGGCCAGUGAGGCAUACCUGGUGGGUCUCUUCGAGGACACCAACCUGUGCGCCAUCCACGCCAAGCGUGUGACCAUCAUGCCCAAGGACAUCCAGCUGGCACGGCGAAUCCGAGGGGAGCGUGCUUAAGAACACUUCUUUCUUGUACUCUGGUUUUUCUCUAAAUGGGUGAGGGUGGGGGUGGGGUGCAGAA